CUUUCCAAAGUGCACCGCGUAUCCACUGCCCUAGUGUGUGGUAGGAGUCGCUCGGCUCCGUUACUUAUAAAGUGGAGUUGACUCUGCGGAAUUCAGUAUAACUUCGCAUGCCGUUGCCAACACGCUAAAAAUCAACCCCAAGCAAGUACGUGGCCUAUAUAAAUGUUACGACUAGUGUUUGUUGAUAUAGAGUGAUGUAGAAGUGAAAAGUGGAGCUUAUGUAUAGUUACGGGAAACAGGGGAGAGUGCAUUACACGCUGGAGAUGGCAUGGAAACUUUUUUUACUCAUUCUACCCUUCGCGUCAGCGUCGGUCAAGUUCCAGGAAAUGUUUUCCUGGAACGCCCUGGAUUGGAACUACCCUGAUGAAUACUCCAAGCAGCAUGCUAUCAACGCUGGAGCCCUGAUUCCUGAGAACGCUCUACCUGUGGGCAUAGAAAGAUGGAAGAACAAACUCUUCGUCAGCGUACCAAGAUGGAAGUCAGGUAUACCCGCCACUCUGAACUAUAUUCCACUUGAUGGAGCAUACGCACCUUCUCCGAAACUGAACCCCUACCCGAGCUGGCAAGGCAACGAGUUGGGAAACUGCGAGACUGGGCUCACAACAGUCUACAGGAUCAAAGCUGACAAGUGCGAUCGACUCUGGGUGUUAGACGUCGGGACUUAUGGAUACGAUCCCAACGUCACUAAUCUCUGUCCUUAUACGCUGAACAUUUAUGACCUGAACACUGAUCAACGCAUCCGAAGAUACGUCUUCCGUCCUGAAGAUAUUGUACCCUCAACCUUCAUUGCCAAUAUUGCUGUAGAUAUGGGAUCUAGUUGCGAUGACACAUUCGCUUACUUUUCUGACGAACUUGGAUACGGUCUUAUUGCUUACUCUUUGGAACAAAAUAAGUCUUGGAGAUUCAGCCACAGCUACUUCAUGCCGGACCCUCUUGUAGGAGAUUUCAAUAUUGCAGGUCUCAACUUCCAAUGGGGAGCCGAAGGAAUAUUCGGUAUAACUCUUUCCCCGAUGGGCGCAGAUGGAUACAGGACUCUUUAUUUCACUCCGUUAUCAAGUCAUACGGAAUUCGCUGUAUCUACCAAAAUCUUGAGAGAUGAAACAAAAGUAUCAGGGUCUUAUAAAGACUUCAAAGUGGUCGGCGUUCGUGGAGCUGAUAGUCAUACUACAUCGAAAGUGAUGGACGAAUCUGGCGUACAACUAUUCAAUCUGAUAGACCAAAAUGCUAUCGGAUGUUGGAGUAACGCGAUGCCAUACAAACCUCAGAAUAUCGGUGUUAUAGACAAGGAUGACGUAGGUUUCGUUUUCCCUUGUGAUAUCAAAAUCGAUGACGAUAAAAACGUUUGGAUGAUUUCUGAUAGAAUGCCCGUUUUCCUUGAAGCGGAAUUGGACUACAGCGAUAUAAACUUUAGAAUUUAUACCGCAACGUUAGACAAUCUGGUUCAGGGAACUGUAUGUGAACCGCCGAGGCGAAUUGUACCUACAACUAAAGCAGUGAGCUUUAAAACAAACUCAGCAUUAACAUCGUAUACUCCGUCGCUUACUACUGUAACGAUGUCGCCAUUCCUUGCACAAGUGUACACCCCCAGCGUACUGUCGCGGUCUAAAAUCGGUUCGACUUACCCGCAAGUAAUACAAAAUGAUAUUUCUAAAGCAACUAGCUACAUGAGUGUUACUUACCCGAAACAAACUUCGGUACCCUAUUACACGCAGAGAACUGAACAUGAAACCACACCUAGAGAUUUUUGGUGGUACAAGGACUACGAUUUUAAAAGACAUUAGAACUGUCCAACUAUUAUAAAGUAAUGUGGACUAUGAAAAUAUAUUUUUACUUCAAAUACCAUAAAAAAAUAGCCAAUUAGCCUUACUCUCAUAACUAUAAAUUGUAAUAUGUGAAUGUGUGUGCUUUUAGGAGUGUGAUUGUUUGGUACUUGAAAAAAAGUAAUAAUUAUUGAAUUAAUUUUCAUAUUUUUGUACUGUUUGAUGGUUUCAGUAAAUGAUGUUUGUGAUAAACAACUGAACACCUUAGUUACCAUUUUCAAAGUGUUUUUAGCUAUGUUGAGGCAUUAUUAAGGCAAUGAUAUAUUAUAUCUAUGUCUAUUUCAUCUUUGAGAUGCACUUGAUGAGUACUUUAGCUGUGUGUAUUAAUAAUGUAACAAUUUGUGAUGUGAUGUGUGUGACUGAAAGAAAACAACUUUGACUAUGUGAGUAGUGUAUAUGGAUGUGCGUGUUUUAAUUAGGUUUGUUUAUUUCAUUCUUAGUGAGUUCUCAAUCCAAGUAUCUGGCUCAAACUUCAUUCUUUUUGAUGAGACCUUAAAUAUGACAUAUGGUGUAAAUAAGACUUUUAAUUCCUUUUUCUUGUAAUUUCGAUGUUAAACUACACUAUCAUUGUACAAAGUUAUCGUUUCUUUUUUAUUAUGAAUUUUAUGUAAUUCUGUUUUAUGUUCCACAAAUUUCUUAUUUAUUAAACUUUUGUAAAACCUAA